AUGCCUUCUCAAGGCCUCUUACUCGCUUCUUUAGCCUUGGUUUUAUCCCCCGUGUUGGCGGUAGCAGGAAGUGGCACUACGAAGGGGAGUGGUACUAGCUGUACGGUGAAUGCGGUGAAUGUUAUGACCAAUGGUGGAUUUGAGCUUGGUUCAACUAGUACCUGGGAUGAUCUUGCGUUCGGGACCGGCAGUGGUGUCGUGGACGAUGCGACCUCCGCGGCCGAAGGCUCAUACUACCUUAAGAUAGUAGCCGACGACGCGGACGGUUACACUGCAUACGGGCUCGAGAAAUAUAUCUACGAUGUGACGCAAGGCGACGAGUAUACUAUUACAUUCGACUACAAGUUCACCCUGAACGAUGGUGAUACUUGUGACUUGCAGGCCGAUUAUAUCUCAAAUGGCGAGCUUGUGUAUCUCUUGGAUCUUGAUUCAAUUACCAGCGACGUUGAUGAAUGGACUACAGUAUCGCAGACCAUUACUCUACCAGGUAGCUAUAUGGUUCUUCAAAUUAUUGGGUCCUGCAAUAGUGGCUAUCCGGACCUCUACCUUGACGCCGUUUCUGUGACAUAUGAGGAAGAAGUUUGCACAACGACGACUGUCGCAGUCCCCACUUCAACUCCGGCCGUGGUCGGCUCAAGCUCAUCUGUCGCUACACACAAAUCGACUCCUGCUGUGCUCAGCUCAAGCUCAUCUGCCACCGUGAAAAAAUCGACUCCUGCUGUGGUCAUUCCGAGCUCAUCCGCCUCCGUGCACACUUCCACUGCUCUCGCUGUCAGCUCGAGCUCAUCUGUUUCUGUGCACGCGUCGACUCCUCUUGUGGUCAGCUCAAGCUCCUCUGCCAGUGUACACACCUCAACCCCUCUUGUUAUCAGCUCAAGCCCAUCUGCCGCCGUACACACAUCGACUCCUCUUGAAGUCAGCUCAAGCUCCUCUGCCAGUGUACACACUUCAACCCCUCUUGUUAUCAGCUCAAGCUCAUCUACCGUCAGACCCACAUCGACUCCUCUUGUGGCCAGCUUGAGCUCGUCUACUCCUGUAAUUGCCCCGACUACAUCGGCUGUUUCUCCUGGCUCUGGCUCUGGCUCUGGUCAAAGCACUACCUCAACCAUCUGUACUACUCGCACAGCCACUGUCACCGCUUGUCCCUCGAAUGUCAUCAAUUGCCCAGCCUCGCAACGCACGACUUAUCUAACUACCGAAACCGUCGUUGUCUCCACCACAAUCUGCCCUGUCACCGCUGGCGAGUCUGCCGCUACUGCUACUGCCAAGAUUGGAACCGGUCCUGACUCUGGUGAACAAAUCACUACAGAGACAAUUUUCACUACUCGCGUUUCUACAAUUCUCGAGUGCCCAUCGACUGUCACUGAUUGCCCAUUGACUCAGAAGACAACUCACACUACAACCGAAACUCUUGUUGCUGGAACCACGGUCUAUCCUGUCACCUCUACCGGACACUCAACCAUAUCUGCAAGUGCAAGCCCAGCUGGAGCUAGUCAGACUGGCUCCCUUACUACGGAGACCAUUUAUGCCACUAGCGUGUCAACCAUCUAUGAAUGCCCUUCCUCGGUCACUGAUUGCCCAUUAAGAUCCAAGACUGCCCACGCUACCACUACUACGGUCGCCGUUGGAACUACGGUUUACUCAGCUGGGGUCAAUGCUGCUAGCACUGAGAGUACUAUUACUAGCCAGGCUGGCUCCCUCACCACAGAGACAAUCUACGCCACUAGCGUGUCAACCAUCUAUGAGUGCCCUUCAUCAGUUACUGACUGCCCACUAAGAUCCAAGACUGCCCAUGCUACCACUACAACUGUAGCCGUUGGCACUACAGUGUAUAUAAAUGGGGAAUCUGCUAUUGCCAGCUCUACCGCCCAAGAACAUUCUGGCUCAGUCCCAACCUCCAGUGCUUCCUCUGGCUCUUCCAUUGGAGAUUCGGACUCUUCUUCCAGCAGCUCUAUCCCCGCGUCCGGGUCGACUUUGUCAAACUCUGGAGCUGAAUCCGAGUCUGCCACGACCGGUGAAAACACAAUCAAAACGGGCUCGACCUUUGUAUCAGGCUCUAGCUCAACCUCCAGCUCAUCUUCUGGUUCUGAUUCAGAGGAUAUUUCUCUUUCAAGUGCAUCUUCUGAGGGGUCCAUUGAUACAGUUGUUGAAACCGUUAAAUCGGGCGUCUCCGUUGAAGUUGCAUCCACUGCCGUCACUACUAAAGCUAUCGGCUUCAGCACAUUCACUUCUUCUGCUUCGUCUAUGUCACCGGCUCCUUCUGCUCCAUUGAAGUCGAGCCCCAAGAUCGCAACCAUCGCCAGUCCUACUUACGCCCCUGCUUCCUCGUCGGUCGUUGUUAGUAGCUCUACCUCAUCAUCUUCGACUUUGAGCUCUAGCAGUGCUAUCUACACUGGUGCCUCGGUUUCACAGAUGAGCACUCUGUCUAAGGGUCUAAGCCUGCUGUGUGGACUCGUCGCAGGUUUGCAAUUUACUCUCUGA